CGUUUCCUCCUGCCCGUUCCGCUGCCCCGUACCAAUUCGGUUUAUUGUUAUGCACUUCGUUUAAUAAUGCACUUGAAUCUCUUGAUAAUGAAGCAACGUAGACAACCUUCCGUUGUCGUCGGCAUCGGUUGUUGAAAACACAUGACGGAUUGUCGCUGCGUAACGAUGCAUCAUGCAUCCGAUCGUCUUGUUUCCAAUGAUCGCAACGCCACGCAUGGCCAAGUGUCAUUUUUCAAUAAAGAUUUGCCUUAUUUUUCUUCGUUUUCUUGUUUGUUUUUUUCAUUUCUAGCAUGAUUUCUCGAGUUUCCAAAAGAGACUUUGAUAUAUUUGCAUCACGUAAUAAAUGCAGUUGUGCUACACAUGGUGUAAACUAUUAUAAAGUAUUGUCACUGGAAAGACAUUGUAACGACGUAGAGAUCAAACGGGCAUACCGACGAUGCGCUAUACGGUAUAACCCCGCACGGGAAAAGAAUGGAGGUGCCGAGGCGAUUUUCGCCUUAGCAGCUGAAGCGUAUGACGUGCUCUCAGAUCCUCUUAGAAGGGCCGUGUAUGAUCAAUACGGUGAAGAGGGUCUUAAAAAUGGUGUGCCGAGACCAGAAGGAUUUGUGAAACCUUACGUUUAUCACGGCGAGCCGAUGCGAACCUUUAGGGAAUUUUUUGCGAAUGAAAAUCCAUACGGCGAUCUUUUGAAUAUUUUAACAGAGUCUCAACCUCUGUUUGACUUUCCCGAAGGUCGAGGUAUAAAACGGAAGGAAGAACCCUUGAUCAAAAUCUUGUUUCUAACUCUUUCGGAGGUAUUUUUCGGUGGAAUAAAGAAAAUAAAGAUACAAAGAUUGGUCUUAGCUGGCGAUGAUAAGUCAACAACGGUAUCGAUGGGGAAAAUCUUGACGGUACCCAUCAAGCCAGGAAUCCCAGCGGGUACUAAAAUAGUCUUUUCAGAAAAAGGUGAUCAAGGGCCCACAAAGAUACCCGCGGAUGUAAUCUUCGUGACGGAGGAUCGGCCUCACAAAACAUUCCGGCGAGAGGGUUCGGAUCUACGUACGACGGUCGAUAUCUUUUUGAGGGAGGCGCUGACCGGAACAGUGCUCACGCUUGAUACCAUCGAUGAUAGAAUCCUGCGGAUCCCGAUAACGUCGAUCGUUACGCCAGAUUACACCAAACGUUUGCCAGGCGAAGGUAUGCCCUUUCCCGCAAAUCCAAAGCGAAGAGGCGAUCUAAUACUCGGAUUUAAUAUCGAGUUUCCGGUUUAUAUGCCAAUAUCCAGCAAGAAUCAUAUCAAAAGAGCCUUCAAAGUGUCUCGUGUCAAGAAUAUUGAAGGUGCUGAAUAUAUUAAUCGUCCUAUAUUGGCCAAUAAAAUGAACGUCGACGAAGGUGUUUUACUCCGACGAAAUACGAACGAUGAAGCGGAUCGAUUAAAAGUCACAUGUAAUUUAAUAAUCGCACCCACAAACAUACUUUUGUAUCAUGAUUCGUGUUUAUUUCUCCGCGUAUCCACGCAAUAAUUAUGACCGAUUUAUUGCAAAACUUGAGUGUAGAUAUCUCGCCGCGGUAAUAAAUUCGUAAGCAUCUGAGAAUGUAAGAUCAUGUUCAUCGAACGACGCAGUUUGGCAAGCAACAGUUUCUUUUAUAUAAUUUAUACACUACAAUUAGUUUAUUCAGUUUAUAUACCACAACACGUUUUGCAUGUUUAUUCUUAUAUUUAUUGAUUUCGUCGAGAUCUUUAAGAGCGGUUUCAUGAGAGGCAUCGGGAUUUAUGCAAAAGUACAAGUUACGAAAAUGGUUUGCGGGGAUUUUUGCUUUGACGUCACAGACGAAAAUAACCGAUUGACCAUUGACCCUCGCCCUCGGAUGUGCGACGCGAGGCGCGAGCUGACCGCUCCCGAUAUAUCGAGUGCCUCCAUCUUGCGGGAUCUAGCGACAGUCUUUCCGACGGUGGUCGGAAUCGAUCUAGCAAGGGCCCUCCACCGAUACUUUUCGUGACCUUGUAAUGAUCUAUUCUAUUGAACUUUUCCAUGCGGAAAAAAAA